CUCUGGGCCUAUCAGAUUACGUCACUUUACGUCACUUCUGGGAUGUAGGGGAGACCAAAUGACAGCUGGUUUGUUUUCAUCAAGAAGGAGAAUUCAAAUAAUCAUUAAAGGUGUCAUGUGGUGAAAGUCCUCCUUUGUCUGGCCCUAUCAAGAGCAAAUUCUGCCAGGCAACUAAAGAGGAAGCAGCACCUUCCCCUGCAGAUGUCUGUCACACCUCCUGUACCAGCCACUCUGGAGCCACCAGUACAAAAACAAAAGGAGAGAGAGGGCAGUGAUAGUCGUCAAUACAAAGGAGACAUAUCUUCAGCUGAAGAGGAGACUGCUCAGCAGGAAGGAGCCAUGGAGCCACCAGAGGACCAGGAGGGCCGCUCCUUUGUGGAGGUUAUCAGUGAAAAGUACAGCCCAGAGAACUUCCCUUACCGCAGAGGGCCCGGGAUGGGGGUGGUGGUGGUGCCCACUGCAGGUGUCCAAGGUUCCCCCAUGAAAGACCGCCUGAACCUGCCCAGUGUGCUUGUGUUGAACAGUUGUGGAAUCAGCAGGGCAGGAGACCAAGCUGAGAUUGCUGCCUUCUGUGCACAUGUCAUGGAGCUGGACCUGUCGCACAACAAGCUGCAAGACUGGCAUGAGAUCAGUAAAAUUGUGUCCAGCAUCCCCAACCUGGAGUUUCUGAACCUGAGCUCCAACCCGCUGGCAGGAACAUCUCUGGAACAACGAUGUGCUGAAGCCUUUUCCCGGGUUCGCCGUCUCGUACUGAACAACACUCAGAUAUCCUGGGACACGGUAGUGCUGCUGACUCAGCAGAUUCCUGUGCUGGAAGAGUUGUUCCUGUGCCUUAAUGAGUACAGUAGUGUGAGUGCCUCCAGUGUGGCCUGCCCUACACUGCGCCUGCUUCACAUCACCGAUAACAGCCUCCACGACUGGGCCGAAGUUCGCAAGUUUGGCUCCAUGUUCCCCAGCCUGGAUACUCUGGUUAUGGCUAACAAUAACUUGGCCUCCAUUCAGGACAACAAGGAUAUCCUGCAGCGGCUCUUCCCCAACCUUCGCAGCAUCAACCUGCACAACUCAGGUCUCAACCGAUGGGAAGACAUUGAGAAGCUGAACUUUUUUCCCAAGCUGGAGGAAGUACGUCUGCAAGGCAUUCCCUUACUGCAGACCUUCACCAACGCAGAACGACGCAGCCUCAUAAUAGCACAGCUUCCCUCCAUAACCCUGCUAAACGGCAGCGUUGUGACUGAUACUGAACGAGAGGACGCAGAGAGGUUCUUCAUCCGUUACUACGCAGACUGUCCUGAGGAGGAGCUCCCUUAUAGAUACCAUUCCUUGGUAACAAAGUAUGGGAAGCUAGAGCCCCUUGCAGAGAUUGACCUCAGACCUCGUUUCCGGGCCCAGGUGGAAGUUCAUUGUGAGGAGAAAGUAGAACAGGUGAGCAUUCGUUUGGACCAAACUGUAGCUGAGCUGAAGAAGCAGCUGACAGCUGUGGUCCAGCUGUCCACCAACAGCAUGAGGCUUUACUACAUCGAUAAGGGCAGCGCCUUCGGUCCAGAGGAAAUGAAGUACAACACCCGGGCUCUCCACUCCUACAGCAUCCAAGAUGGUGAUGAAAUACUGGUGGUCCCCAAGACCAAGUGAACACCCAACAGAUUGAUAAGAAUAAGAAGGAUAAGAAGAACUUUUUCUUGAUUUACUGAUAUUGAAAAUCACUGGAAAACACAUAUGGAGCAGCAACAGCGGCCCACUUUUUGCCAUAAAGAGUAUAAUAAGAAAAGCUUAAAUCAGCACAAGAAGAAUCAUGGAGACUUGCAGCCAGACCAUAGUCGGCUGCUGGUUGGCUCUGGCUGAAAAUUUAGAAAUUAUUUAUAUCAGCUGUAUUGACGGGAAUUCACUGGAAAGGGAGGACAAAACAGUCAUACUGGAGAACAGGCCAAUGAGCUUUAAGCUUAAGCAGAGGGAGUAGCCAGCAAAGCUUCACUGGCUGCUCUUAGAACACAGCAUGUACCAUAGCACCUUCAUAGGCAAGUACCCAACACCUCAAGCUUGCCCACCGAUUAAUAACAAGGUAUUGCUGCCAAGUGGAGAUGGGUCACUGCUCUCAUAUGCACCUUUAUCUUAGGCACAUCAGGAAGAGCAGGAGUUGUUUGAGCAAACAUGAUCACAUGUAAGCAGUGAACUUUGCAAGCAAUUUUAUAUUCAUGAAAUUUUUUGUUAGGGUGAAAAUAUUUCUGUGCUUUACUGCCAGAGUUUGAGGAUGCUGCAUACAUUUGUAAAA